AAUUAAUCUCUACGCUUCUCUCUCUGCAAUUACUCCUUGAGAGCAUCUCUCUCUAGAAUAUUGAGUAUUGCUGACUUGAGCAUCGGAGUGUUUUCCCUGAGGAAACAACCUCGAGAUUUUCAGGUGUAGAAGCAGCUGAGGACUUCAACAGUGUUGGACUACGUAGCUGCCGAAACAGUUACCAAAUUAUCAUUGACUUGUUACAUGACAAGCAUGCAACAUAAUAUUUUGUCUGGAAUCCUCAAUGCUUAAAUAUGAAGGCUUUUCUUUAUUUUGUAAGGGUUCCAUGUGUGAAGAAAGGUGGGAUCAGAUUCACCAUCAAUGGCCAUUCGUACUUCAACCUGGUGCUGAUAACCAAUGUGGGCGGAGUAGGAGAUAUCACGGCGGUGUCCAUCAAGGGAUCUCGAACAGGGUGGCAUCCAGGAACUGGGGCCAAAACUUGCAGUGCAAUUCCUACCUUAACGGCCAAGGCCUCUCCUUCAAAAUCACUACCAGUGAUGGCCGGAUAAUGACCCAGCACAAUGUUGUCCAUGCUGGCUGGCAAUUUGGACAGACUUUUGAAGGAUACCAAUUCUAGAAAAAUCUCCGGAAUCGAUUGAUUUGGAAGAUUUGAGACACAUGAGGAGUUUACGCUGAGGUAGCAACGCGGUACCCGCUAGGCUUUGUGUGAAAUCAGUAUAUAAAUUAAACACCAAAAUUUGUGUGUGGGUGAUUAAAAAUAAGUCAAUUGUUUGAAU